AUGUUUCUCCUCUUAUUCUUCCAAAUCCUUUUCACUAUCUGCGCAUUCUACACUCCGGCAACUGCGGUAGCUCCGGCAAUUUUCCCUCUUCCGAUGGCCGUAACUGGACUGGAGACAAAGACUCCGGACGAUUCUCUCUCAUCGAACACUCCAACGGCGACAACUCAUGACGUAGCAUCAACGAACUUGGGAAAACAAUCCCUUACAACACUCUUCGCCUCUCUCGCUCAGAAUUCUCCUACCGAUGGCUUCUUCGCUGUAACUGCUGUCGGCAGCUUGAACGAGAACGUUCUCUUCAGAAUGACUAACAGUUACCCGCCAACAACAGCCAUAUUUUUCCUCUUACUCUUCCGAAACCAUUUCACUAUCUGCGUAUCCUACAAUCCUGUUGAUCACUUCGCAAUCAGCUGCGGUAGCUCUGACAAUUCUCCUCCUUCAGAUGGCCGGAACUGGACCGCAGACUCCGGACGAUUCUCUCUGAUCAAACUCUACGACAGCUACAAGUCAUCAGUAAGCACCAACUCACUUGUCAAAACAAUCCCUUACAACACCGCACGCUUCUCUCUCUCCGAAUUCUCCUACUUCCUUCCUGUAAGAACCAACGGCCAGAAGUUUAUUCGCCUUUAUUUUUACCCAUCUUCCCACGCCCGCAAUCUCCUUCGCUCCGACUCGUUCUUCUCCGUCACAGUUGGAUCUCAUACUCUUUUGAAAGACUUCAAUGCUUCAAUUACUGCUGAUGCCGCCGGCAAAAAAACCAUUUUACUAGAGUACUGCGUCCAUAUUGGUGACCCUAGUGGGGGCCUUAACAUAACUUUCACGCCCAACCCAUCUCAUCAAAACUCCUAUGCUUUCGUCAACGGCAUCGAGGUUGUCUCUAUGCCCACCUUUCUUUAUUAUACAAACCUAAGCAACUCGCAGGGGAUUUUUAUACAGUAUCCGGUCACCAAUGACAGUGCUCUCCAGACUGCAUACAGAAUCAAUGUUGGUGGGAGGCAGAUCCCUCCCGAGAAUGAUACUGGUAUGUUUCGGAGGUGGGACCUGGAUAAGGCCUACUUGAAGAGGGAGAGGCCACGAAGUGUUUCAGCAGGACAUGGUUUAAAGCCAAUUUACACAGGUGAACCAAGUUAUUUUACGCCUGAUGAAGUAUACAUGACUGCACGAAACUAUGGGACGAAAGAAACGUCCAAAUUUAAUGUGACUUGGGAAUUCGAAGUUGACUUGGGGUUCAUUUAUAUGGUGAGAUUGCAUUUUUGUGAGUUCGAUGAAAACAUUGAAAAAGUUGGAGACAGAGUUUUCCAAAUCUUCAUAAAUGAUGCUUUGGUGGAGGCUGUCGCUGAUGUAAUGUCGUGGACUCAAAGUCAGAGAAAUGUUCCUGUACAUAGGGACUAUCAGAUGUGGAUGCCAAUGGAUGGAAGCUCAAAGAAGCUAAAUAUUUCAAUUAAGUUGCAACCAGAACCUACUCCAAGGAGCAGGAGCACUUACAGAGAUGUGUUGUUGAAUGGUAUUGAAAUUCUUAAGAUAAGUGACUUCAACAACAACCUCGGAGGUCCCAAUCCCGAUCAACCUCCUUCUCCCUCAUUCCUUCCGAAGGCAUCUAACCAUAAUGCACAGAAAAGGAGAGUAAUUUCCAUACUCGUGGGGUCAGCUUCCGGCUUCAUUGUGCUAUCUCUCAUUGUUUUACUCACUUAUCGUCGAUUCGCUAGGCUGCAAUCAGUGAAGGGAAUUCCAAGUGGAGACCAAAACCACUACCAACGUGUUGGAGGGUUUGGUAAUGUCUAUAAAGGCCAAAUUGACAAUGGUUCAGUUGUUGUGGCAAUCAAACGGCUCAAGAAGGUUCACAACAAGGCUCAAAGAGUUCCAAACUGA